AUGUCUACCUCGAACAAGAAGAUCACCUUGACCAGCUCCGAUGGCGCGAAUUUUGAGAUUGAGGAAGCAGUGGCACUUGAGUUCGGGAUUGUAGCAAACAUGAUCGAAGACGACUGCGUCAAUGAAGCGAUCCCAUUAGCAAACGUAACUGGGAAGAUCCUAGGCCUAGCGAUUGAGUAUUGCAAGACGCACGUGGAAGCUGGUGCGUCCGAAGACAAAGAGGAGGCUGCGGAAAAACUCAAGAAGUGGGACGAAGAUUUUGUGGCAGACUGUGAUAAUGAGAUGCUCUUCGAACUCAUCCUUGCUGCUAACUAUCUCAACUGCAAAGGCCUUCUCGAAAUCACAUGCCAAAGGGUCGCAGAUAACAUCAAAAACAAGACAGUAGAGGAGGUUCGCACGCUUUUCAACAUCGAGAAUGAUUUUACAGAAGAAGAAGAAGCAGAAGUUCGCAAUGAUAACGAAUGGGCUUUUGCGGAUUAG